AGAAACUCUGCCAGUCAGAUGACCACGUCGGGCUCUUGGAGGACUUGGCAAAAGCGUUGACAGACAUUGGUGAUUAUGAAAUGCAGGUGGCCAUCUCUGAAGCACUCUGCAGGAUGACGCCAAGGAAACUAAGAGAAGACUUUGCUGGCAAAUGGUUCCGUUUCAGGAGCUUUGCUUCAGCUUUUACUUCAAUUCGUGACAAAGAUUUUGAAACUGACUGUAGGACAUUUCUGAAUGAACUCAAUAGUUAUUUUGGCAACUCAAGAAGAGUCUUCUCAUUCCCUUGUAUUCAGGCAUUUCUUGAUUCAGCUGAGUUGUUCAAGCCUGAAGAUGAGUUUCUAAAGGAGUUUUGGGUGGAUUUCAACAUUGGAACAUCAACCAUUAGUUUCUUUGUAAAUGAUCCAAAGAACACACUGUGGGAGUUGAUUCACCUGCCUAAAGAUGUUGUCAGCGUGUAUGAUCUUCAAGAGUGUGAUGAUCAGAAGAUAUUGGAAGUUCACAUGAGUACCCCACUCUCUCAUGGAGAGAUCACUGGCAAAAUUGUCAAAAUCAUCUUUAGUGCAGAGCACAACAUCCAAACAGCCCUGACAAGAGUGUUUCCAGAUAAACCACGGUCUUCCUCGGUCUCAAAGGAAGCUCUGCAAUUAGGGGAUUCCUCUACCAAGAUAGAAGGAACCCAGCAUGAACAAACAUCAGUGCCGCAGACAUUUGCCAGUCCAUCUGCUGCAGAAACCAAAGUCAUCCAUCGGCAUUCCCCUUUGAGUGGACCAAGCAGAUAUUCAAGAUCAAAGUCAAAAGUCAAAGGAACCCCAGGCCAAGACAUCUUUCAAUUUAAGGAUCAUUCAGAUUCUGAGGUUGCACGUGCCAAGACUGUAUUGUUCUGUCAGACGUCGUCAUCUAACGGGUCUACAAAAUCCCUCCCUGACACUCUGGGUAGAACUCCUGUUAAGAAGAAAAUUAAGGUGAUGCAUUCAGAUGAAUGGUGUCUCCGCAAGGACACUCCACAUGCUGUCUACAGCAGGAGAAAGCCCAGAGCUAAGGGCAAACUCAAAGUUCUUCCUCUUUCAUCACCCAGCAGUAAUGAGGAGGAGUUUUCUAAGUAUUCAACACCCAAACAAAGACUUCAAGGAAGGGAAAGGCUGGCAAGUGAAGACUGGCAGUCUCAAGUCAAACUAGGGAGAUCACUGAACAUGGAAUCAUCCUUAUUCAAAGAGUCUACUGCUGAUUCAGGUUUUCAAAACAAGACUCUUUCUGAAACCAGUUUACCACUAGAGGAGCUUGAUAAUCUUAUUGAAGAGCACAAUUUGGAUGAAGAAACAUCAAUUCCCCAGAAAAGUGAAGCAGAUGAAUCCUCAGAGCUGUAUGUGGGUCUGAAAGAGGACACGCAGCUGCACAGACACCCGGCAUUCCAACCCAGAAGACUUUUCAUGUCUAGCCCACUAGAGGAUGCUGCAGAGCGAGUAACUGAAGCAUUUGCGGAUGAGGAGUCUGAGGAAGAGUUGGGUGCUGGUGUCAGAGCUGCGUUUAACUCCUUUAAGACUCAGUUGAGAGCACACUUUACUAGCAGGUAUAAGAAGAUUGAAGCCAGAUCCCUGCAAUCUUUAACAGACUGUCAGAGAAAUGUGACUUCUCUCUUGGGAACUGUACACAAUCAAAGGUUGGUGCAUCUGGAGCAGUUCCAGAACACAGUGGUGCAGCAGUUGACAUGUUUGGAGCAGGAUUGUCUGUCUCUCAAAACCAUAGAGAAAGAGACUGUGAAUUUCUGGCAGUCGGAGUCUGACACAGUUCGGGCAUUCUGUGAUAGACAGCAGAAGAGGUUGGAUUCUCUCCUCAUCCCGCAUGCGAGUGCUGAAUCGCCAUUUAGUUUAUCAGCAAGAAGAGAGGCCAAAAUUACUGCGCCUGCCUCUCCUCAAGAUGCCACUACUGUUGAUCCCUCAUAGGACUUCACACUAUGGCGCUUUUCUCUCUCUCUCUCUCUCUCUCUCUCUCCGUAUGCGAAGAUAUAUGAAGAUCUCUUCAUAUAUUUUUUUCGGACUGAAAAGUUUACUCCUAAUUAAAGCAAUUUUUGUUGGUGUAAAAUAUCACAUGAUCAAAUUUAUCAUUUCAAAUUGCAAG